CUCGUUAUUUAAUCAAUCAAGCACAGAUGCAAAGUCCACAACGCAGUCUUCGUGUUCAAUCCAGCCUCCAUCUUAGACUUUCCAUUGCCAAAACCACUCAUCCCAAUCACAAGACAGAACUGCAAAGGAAGUAACCCUUAUCUUCUCACACAGCACCUUCCGAUUCCCCAGGAAUGCAACAACCACUCCUCUGUUUUGGCACUCGAUAAUCAUAAUCUUUUAUGGCCCAAAAACAAACUUCAGAAAAAUCCCCAAACCAAAAUAUCAAUCCCCUCACAAAAUUCCCAAUUCUCACUAUAUAUCCCUCCUUUCAUACCCUAAUCACCUAAUUUUAAUUUUAAUUUUAAUUUAAUUUUUUUCUUUUGAGAAGUAAUGGCCACAGACGCGAGGGCUAAGUUCCAAAACCCUGAUUUGCGCUCCGAUUUCCAUUCGGACUUAACGGUGUCAAGUCACGACGGUCUUCACUUCUGGCAGUUCAUGAUUGCUGGAUCCAUCGCUGGGUGCGUUGAACACAUGGCUAUGUUCCCCGUUGACACCGUUAAAACCCAUAUGCAAGCCCUCGGUUCCUGCCCCAUCAGAUCCGUUACGGUCCGUCAAGCCCUUCGUUCCAUUCUCCAAUCCGAAGGCCCCUCCGCUCUCUAUCGCGGUAUCGGCGCCAUGGGCCUCGGCGCCGGCCCCGCUCACGCUGUUUAUUUCUCUGUCUACGAGACUUGCAAGAAGCGCUUCUCCGACGGAAACCCCAAUAACGCCGUUGCGCAUGCCGCUUCCGGUGUGUGCGCCACCAUCGCCAGUGAUGCAGUGUUCACGCCCAUGGACAUGGUGAAACAGCGGUUGCAGCUGAGUAAUAGCGCUUACAAGGGGGUCUGGGAUUGUGUGAAGAGAGUGAUGAGUGAGGAGGGGCUGGGAGCGUUCUAUGCGUCGUAUAGGACCACCGUGGUGAUGAAUGCGCCGUUCACCGCCGUGCACUUCGCCACCUAUGAGGCCGCGAAACGAGGUCUUAUGGAGGUCUCGCCGGAGAGCGUUGAUGAUGAACGGUUGGUGGUUCAUGCCACUGCCGGGGCUGUCGCCGGUGCUUUGGCUGCUGCGAUUACAACGCCACUUGAUGUUGUUAAAACUCAAUUACAGUGCCAGGGCGUCUGUGGUUGUGAUAGGUUCAAAAGUGGUUCAAUUGGGGACGUCAUCAAAACGAUAGUGAAAAAGGAUGGAUACAGAGGGCUCAUGCGAGGAUGGAUUCCAAGGAUGCUCUUUCAUGCUCCCGCAGCUGCUAUUUGCUGGUCUACAUAUGAAGCUGGAAAGUCUUUUUUCCAAGAUUUCAAUCAGCGGAAAGAGAUCGGCACUGUCACCUAAGUAACACGAGUUAGAAUAUUCAUCAUUCUUCAGUUCCAUUAUGUAGAUGAUUCUGUCUGCCAACAUUGAUACAAGUGCUUCAAACGGGCGUGAGCAAGCAACGCUUGCUCAUUUUUCUUGAUACAAGUUCUCAGUUCGAACUUCAAAUAAUAUGCAGAAGGCAUCGGAUUAACAUGAGUCCAAAGCUAAUUUUUCUUGUACACAUUGUGAGUUUUAAUUAAGAUUUCUUUUUUCUUCUUUAGCUUUUUGCUAGUUUCAUUUGGAUAGAACAUUAUUCCAUGAAAACAUCUCCACGCCAUAUGAAAUUUUUUCCUUAGUUUCAUGGCAAUGUAAGUUUUAAUUAUGUAAAAGAUUAUUUGAUAUUCUGAAAUUCAAGGAAUCUCAUUUCCUGCCAAAAUUGUUGUUUGUAGUAUUUAUCUUUUGCACUUUAGUUGUUCAGCCUUUGAGAAAGCCAGGUAGAAUAGGUUAUUAACUUCGCUGAUUAUGUCUCUUCCUUAUUUUCUAUUAAUUAUAUGAUAAUUUG